AUGGAUGAGGAAUACGACGUUAUUGUCCUGGGCACCGGUCUCACCGAGUGCAUUCUUUCCGGCAUCAUGAGUGUCGAGGGAAAGAAGGUCCUUCACAUUGACAGACAAGACCACUAUGGCGGUGAGAGUGCUUCGCUUAAUCUCACACAACUUUACAAAAAGUUCCGCCCUGGGAAGCAGGCCGAAGAGAGCCUCGGCCGUGAUCGCGACUGGAACGUUGAUCUCAUCCCCAAGUUUGUCAUGGCUGGCGGUGAGCUGACAAAAAUUCUGACUAACACUGAAGUUCUCCCGUAUCUUGAGUUUACCCAAAUCUCCGGUUCCUAUGUUUACCGCGAUGGCCGCAUUGCCAAGGUGCCGUCCACCCAGAUGGAGGCCAUUAAGAGUCCGCUCAUGGGCCUGUUUGAAAAGCGCCGAGCGCGCAAUUUUUUCGAGUUUGUCGGCAACUACAAGGAAGAGGACAAGAGCACACACUCUGGCCUUGAUUUGGACAAGAAUACCAUGACUGAGGUCUACCUCAAGUUUGGCCUCGAGCCCGGUACCCGCGACUUUAUCGGCCACGCCAUGGCCCUUUGGACAACCGACGAAUACUUGACAGAGCCCGCUCGCGAGACAAUUGAGCGUGUUAUCAUGUACUUGCACUCGGUUGCACUCUACGGCAAGUCUCCCUACAUUUACCCUCUCUACGGUCUCGGCGAGCUCCCGCAGGCGUUUGCCCGCAUGUCGGCCGUUUAUGGUGGUACCUAUAUGCUCAACAAGCCUAUUGACGGGCUUGAGUACGAUGCCGAUGGCAAGGUGUGUGGUGUGCGCUCAGGUGACGAGGUGGCCAGGACCAAGAUUGUCAUUGGUGAUCCCACAUACUUCCCUGACAAGGUCAAGAAGACUGGUGAGCGUGUGAUUCGUGCCAUGGUGAUUUUGGAGCACCCAGUCCCCAACACUGAGAAUCUGGAUUCGUUGCAAAUCAUUAUUCCCCAGAACCAGGUCAAGCGCAAGCAUGACAUUUACAUUGCCAUUUUGUCUUCGUCUCACUUUGUGUGCUCCAAGGGCCACUACCUGGCCAUCAUUUCGACCGUCAUUGAGACAGACGCCCCCCACGUUGAAAUUGAACCUGCGUUUAAACUGCUGGGACCUACCAAGGACGUUCUUAUGGGAAUUGCAGAGCUCUAUGAGCCCAUUGACGAUGGUACUAAGGACCAUGUGUACAUUUCCAAGUCAUAUGAUGCUACUUCGCACUUUGAGACGACUACUGACGAUGUUAAGGAUCUGUACUUCCGCAUCACUGGCAAGCCUUUGGAGCUUAAGAAGAAGAAGCCUGCUACUGAGAAUCCAUAA